AUGGUUACUAAUGAAUCAGAAUUUCGUGUUAAAGUAGCCGUUCGUGUUCGACCAUUUUUACAACGAGAAAAAAAUCACGAACAAAAAAGUUGUGUUGCAAUUCAUCCUCAAACAAAUCAAAUUGUUAUUGGUGAUCGAAGAACUUUUAAAUAUGAUUUUGUUUUUGGACCAAAAACUCAACAGGAUGACUUAUUUCAAACAUGUGUUGAACCGAUGCUUAGUAAUGUUUUUGAUGGAUAUAAUGUAACAAUAUUUGCCUAUGGUCAAACUGGUUCAGGAAAAACUUUUACUAUGACAGGUGGAAAUAUUGUAUCAAUUGGAGAAAAAGAAUAUGGAAUUAUACCACGUGCUGUUCAAAUAAUAUUUGAUACACUUCAAAAUCGAAAAGAUUGUCGUAUUAGUAUUUCAGCAUCAUAUUUAGAAAUUUAUAAAGAUGAUAUUAUUGACUUACUUGAUGUUAAUGAUAAAGUUUUGGAUGUUCGAGAUGAUGCUGUUGGAAAUACUAUUGUUAUUGGAGCCAGUGAACAUAAAUGUCAUUCAAUUGAUGAUGUUGUUAAUUUAUUAAAAAAAGGUUCAGCUGUUCGACAUACAGGUGCAACACAAAUGAAUGAUGAAUCAUCUAGAUCACAUGCAAUUUUUACUCUAUAUAUCGAGCAACAUCUUCGUGAUAAAAAUUCGAAUUCAACAAUUGUACAAGCAUCUUAUGAUGGUAUGAUGCAACCAUUAAAAUCAACAUUUGAUGAAAGUUAUCUAUCUGCUAAACUUCAUUUUGUUGAUUUGGCUGGUUCAGAACGUGUAGCACGUACACAUAAUACAGGUGAACGUUUUCAAGAAUCCAUUCGUAUUAAUUCUGGUUUAUUGGCUUUGGGCAAUGUUGUUAGUGCAUUAUCUGAUCCAAAAAAACGUGCAGGUGGUCAUAUUCCUUAUCGUGAUUCAAAAAUCACUCGUUUACUUAAAGAUUCACUUGGUGGAAAUGCUAAAACAUUGAUGAUAACAUGUGUUAGUCCCUGUAUUGUUGAUCUAGAUGAAUCUCUUAAUGCACUUAAAUAUGCUCAUCGAGCAAGUCAAAUCCGUAAUAAACCUAUUAAAAAUGUUGAUCCUAAUGCACAACGUUUUAUUGAAAUGCAAAGCGAAAUCACCUAUUUACGUGAAGAAUUAGAACGACAACGUACCAUGUUUUCUCGUAAUGGGCAAUCAGUUAAUACACGACGUUCGAAUAUAACACCUAGUAGUAAUGAUCAUUCACGUCGUUUAAUUCAAACAGCUUAUACAUGUUUUCAACAAUUAAAUGAAUGUAAUGAAUUAAAUGAUGAACAAAAACAAUGGAUACAAACAUGGAUGGAAGCUGUAACUGAUGAAAAUAUCGAAGGUUUUUACAAUGAUAUUUAUACAUGUCGAGUAACAAAUUUAGAAACUGCUUUACAUACAACUCGAGAUGAAUUACAGUCAGAAUCUCAAAUGCGUAUUAAUCGGGAAAUGAUGCUUGAAAAAUUACAAGAAGAACUUAAAGCUAAAGAAGAUGAAUUAAAUAGAAUACGUAUGACAUUGGAUGAAGCAAAUUAUCAUCGAAAACAACAAACUGAACAACAGGAUCAACGUCAUUCAACAAAUUCUUAUCAAAUAAAUCAAUCAACAGCAAAAAACGCCUUAUAUGAUCGGAUAAAAUCAGCACCUCACUUUGGUGGUAUACAACGAAAAGAUCAAUCAAUACAACCACGAAAUAUUCAUUCUAGUCCAGCUGCAUUUGAUAUGGAAUACGUUGUAGAAAGAUUUCAUGGACGAUCAUUGGCUUUAGCACAUUCAUUAGAAGAAAUUGAAGAACUUGAUUUAAAAAAUAGUGAUGAUACAUUAACAGAAGAAAAAAAAUUUAUUCGACAUGGUACAUAUCGUGUUCGUAAAAAUCGAGUAAUACCAAGUAUUUUACAACGAGAUGAAACAAUUCAAUCGUUGGCUCAAUCUACCAUGAAUAAACAAAAAUUAAUUGAUGAAGCAACACGUAAAGUAAAAGAAGCUGAAAGUAAAGCACAAGAUCUUAGUAUUAACAUUCAACUUAAAGAACAAUUAAUUAAAAGUGUUUAUGCAUCAACUAACAAUGUUAAAGAAACAAAUGAACAAUAUGAAAAACAUAUUAAAAUGCUGGAAAAAGAAAUGGAAAAAGCUAAACAUGAAUAUCAAGAUUUACAAAAAACAAUGCAACAAGUAGCAAGUAAAAACGUAAAUGAAAAAUCAAAAUCUGAAACUGAAUAUCGAAAAAAAUGUGAAAUGGCUAAAGCUCAUCUUGAAUCACUUCAACAAAAAGAAAAACAAUAUCGAGAACUCAUGAUUAAACUCACAGGCAACAGUGAAAAAAGAAUUGCAGAUCUUCAAGCAGCUCUCUUUCGUAUGAAACAACAGCAUGAAACAGCUCAAAAACGUAUACGUGAAGAAACUGAAUUAAAAAAUAAAAUUGAACAAGAACUUGUACGUGAACAACAACGUAUACAAGAAUUAACAAUUCAAAAUGAACAACAACAAAAAAUUUUAAAAUUAAAAACUGAAGGUCUUGUUGCUGCACAGCGAAAAUUACGUGGUGCUUCAAAUGAUGGAACAACAACAACAAAUUUUGAAAUGGAAAUGGAAAAAUUAAUAUCCGAACGAAAAGAAUUAGAAACAUUAAGAGAUGAUAUACAAAAACGUGAAGAACUUAUUCAAAAAAAAGAACUAUUACUUAAUGAAAAAACAGAACUUGAAGCAAAAAAAAUACGUUCAAGUCAAAUUUUAGAUAAGAGUUUAAAAAAUAAUGAUAAACAACAAUCAAAUCAUCAAAUCAUACGUGAACAAUUACUUCAACAAAAGCGUUUAUUUACUGAACGAUUAGAAGAACAAAAUGGUAUUUUGUCACCAACAGAUGAAAGACGUUUAAUUGAAAUUGAUGAAGCGAUUGAAGCAAUUGAUUUAGCUAUUGAUUAUCAAAAUAAUAUUAUUUCAAAACGAGAACGUGAUGUUCAACAAUCUAUUCGAGCUAGUCAGGGUUCUGAUUCUCCACUAUUCAAAAUUGGUCAAUUAAAUGAAAAUGAAUCGAGAGAACUAUGUCGUACAUUAUUUGAAAAAGUCAUUAAUCUCAAAGAAGAAGAUAAUAAAAACCGACGUGAUUAUGAAGAAAUUAAAUCUCAACUUCUUGAACAAACUGAAAUAAUUAAUGAUUUACAAUCACGUAUUCAAUCUUUAUCACUUGAUCAUGAUCGUCGUUUAACAUCUAUUCAACAACUACAUGAAGAAGAAAAACAAUUAUUACUUGAAAAGUUACAAGAAUCAUCAAAUCAAAUAAAACAACUUGAAAAAGAUUUAUAUUUUUAUAAACAUAAAACAAGAGAAUUACGUAAAUCAAUGGCAACAUCAAUAACAAAUGUUAAUGAUAUUACAACACAACGAACAGAAUCCAAUACAAAUGAAUAUGACCAACGAAAACCAAAAUCAGCUGUAGAACAGCAACAACCGGCACCGUUUCUUCUUAAAAUAGGUAACCGAAGCAAUUCAGCACAUCAAUCAUAA